CUCGAAUUGCCCUCCACACAUUGAAAACUUCACAAGUCGCCCAUCAUGCUCAUCUACAAGGACAUCAUCACUGGUGACGAGAUUAUCUCCGACUCUUACGAUUUAAAGGAGAUCGACGGCGUCAUCUACGAGGCUGACUGCAAACAAAUCACACUUGGGGCUGUCGACGUAGAUAUUGGCGCCAAUGCUUCUGCCGAAGGUGGCGACGAUGAGGGUGUCGAGGAUAACGCCCAAACUGUUAUCGAUGUGAUCCACUCGUUCCGACUCACUGAAGUACCGUACGGCAAGGCCUCGGAAUACUUGAGCGACCUCAAGAAGUUUAUGAAGAAAGUCAAGGAGGCCUUGACAGAAAAAGGCACGCCCGAAUCAGAGAUCAAGGCCUUCGAGCAGGGCGCUGCCAAAUUCGCCGGACAGGUCAAAAAGAACUUUAAGGACUGGCAAUUUUUCAUGGGCGAAUCCAUGAACCCGGAGGGACUUAUUGUUCUUCUCAACUACCGUGAAGAUGGCGUCACUCCCUACGUAGUCGUCUGGAAGCAUGGCCUUACUGAAAUGAAGGUCUAA